AUGGUUUUUCUCAUUAGAGAAAGAGCGUGGGAAAAAAACGAGAUAAAGCGUGACAAACCUCAUCAAUGCGAUGUUUGCGCGAAACGGUACAAGAGCAAGAGGAGCCUGAAGAACCACAAGAAGUACGAAUGCGGAGUGGAACCGCAGUUUUCCUGUCCCCACUGCGAUUACAAGUCCAAGCAGAAAGGGACUUUGAAAACUCAUAUCGCCUGCCGGCACAUGCUAAAUUCCAUGAUUUGGAAAAAAUACAAAUGCUCAGGAUGCUACAAGGCGUACCGACACGUGCAGAGCCUGAACAACCAUAGGAAGUUCGAAUGCGGCAAGGAGCCGCAGUUCGUAUGCCCGUUCUGUUCCUACAAGUCAUGGCAGAAGGUCAACCUGAAACGCCACCUCUUCCUCAUCCACAAAGCCCACUAUAAUUCGGUCCAGGACAAAACCUCGAGGCCCAAACAGUCUCCAGUGAAAACCACAAUCGCCAAACCUCAACGAUUGUACUUUACAGGGGCGAACUUCGUUUGCGAUGUCUGCUCAAAGUCGUACAAGUACCUGAGGAACCUCAGGAGCCACAAGAAAUACGAAUGCGGGGUCGAGCCCAAGUUCUCCUGCCCCCACUGUGACUACAAGGCGAAGCAAAGGGCCCACCUCAAGUCCCACAUCAUCAUGAAACACCCCGCCUCGACUUCCUAUCAAAAGUUGUAUCUUUACGGAAAACAAAAGCGAGAAGAGAGAAUGUUCAGGUGUAUCGACUGUGGAAAGUCUUACAAGCAUAACUCCAGCUUGUACAAGCACAGGAAAGACGAAUGCGGAAAGGAACCGCAGUUCUCCUGCCCAGUUUGCCCUUUCAAGUCGAAGCAGAAGGCAAAUUUGAAGUCGCACGUUUUCAAAAAGCACUACUCCUUCGGGCAGUUCUUCCGGCCGGAGCAGAAACAAUCGAGCGAAAAAUUCGAAUAAUCUUUUAUUGCUGUUUUUCUAUAAAAUAAAAAAGACUGGGAAAUGUCGCUGUUCUUAUUCUUACCACCAGGCCCCUUUGUUUCUGAAUAGAUUUUUUGUCAACGAUUUUAGAACAACAUAGACACAGAAACAAAAGUGAAAUUUUGGGCGAUUCGAUUUUUUUUAAUAAGAAAUUCCCAUUUUUAUACCAAAGAAAAUGCACAUAGUUAUCCCCUUUUACGAAUAGAAAUUUUGCGUUUUUGUGUCUUAUAUGUUUUACUUUGUAAUUACCAGUUAAAUCCAUUAGAUUUCGUAGUCCGAUUGACCAAAUAACAUAUUUUCUUUUUUUAUGAAAGGUAUUGGUCGAGAUAAAAAAGUCAGUGUCACUAGCGGGAUUCGAACCCACGACCUUCGGCUAAAUACUUCGCUGCUCUACCACUUGAGCUAUCGUGACUUCGAUCCGCUCGGACACCAACUUCCCAACCCACCUUGCGAAUUUUCCCCCUAUUUGCCAAUUUUCUAAUUACCUUUAUUUUAUUUUGUCUUCUUAUUUUUUGGCAAUACUCGAGGCGAAUGCAUUUGUAUGCUUUCCCAUGUAUUGUUACUUCCCUUGCUCGUUCUACAUAGUUAUAUGUGUUAUUUCCGUCUUGCCCAUGUGUUGUUAAUACUAUUGUUUUACUUGUCUUUUUUUAAUGUGUUUUUAUAUAAUCAGUUCUUUGUUUGUAUUUUAUGUUUGUACUAAGUGUUAUUGUAAAGUUUUCUCUUCUUUUCAUGUUGUUUGUAUUUUAAUCAACUUACCGUUCAAUAUAUAGACAUUGUUUGAUGUGGUUGAUCCCGACCAACGGUGGGUUUAGUCUUUAGAUGUGCAACUAAGUAGCAUCAUCAUGUCUAUGUCAUGCAACACUGCGCCUUUCUGUCCAUCGGUUCUUGUUCAAACCUUGCCUACUUAUCCAUGGACUAUAGAAUAACCAUACUACUUGACAAACUGUUAAGCUAGACAUGCUAGUAUUGCCAACCACUGCGCAAUGAUGUAUUGUCAUUUAGAAAAAAAAAUAAACCAAAGCCUUACCAAAAAAGGUCUGGAUUAACGGUAAAGUCCCUCGUACUCCGUAAAAAUCGGCCGAAUGAUUAAUUUAUAGCUUGUUUUCUUUCAGGGCAGCGACGUUUCCCUUGCCUGCGCUGCGGUAAAUCUUACAAGUACAAAAGCGGCCUCAAAGAACACCAAAAGUACGAGUGCGGAGUCGAACCCCAGUUCCAAUGCCCGCACUGCCCUUACAAGUCGAAAAUCAAGGGCAACCUCAAGACUCACAUAGCCGUGCGACAUAUCAUCAUUUGAUGUUCACAAGGUUAAACAUGUUUUGAUCUUGAUGCGUUGUCUUCCAAAGGAGAUACACAUGGGAUAUCUGAUGCGAAACGAAACGGACCGUUGUUCACCCUUUGACACGCUGAAUUAACAAAAAAAAUGCUUCUUACACGUUCACAUUUUUACCGUCUUCGUGAUCGUCAAUAAACAAUGUUUUAUCAUGAUGGCUGGGGCGUCGGUGGCCGCAACGAUUUAGGCGUUGUCACGGCGCUCAUCAGUGUAAGCCGGCAGAGCUGCCUUGAAGUCCGAGAGUACAGUAAAGAAAUCUCAACUGUUCUUCUCGCUUGGCACGAACCCCGAAGAGGGGUUAAACAAUGACAGUCUUUCCUGGUUCACCUGCGUCCGGUGCAAGAAGGUCUACAAGCACAAGCAGAGCCUCAGACUCCACGUCAGGUACGAGUGCGGUAAAGACCCGCAGUUCUGCUGCCCUUACUGCCCCCACAAAGCCAGGCAGAAAGGCAACUUGAGGAUGCACGUGUUUCGAAUACAUAAAAACAUAGUGCCACAUUUGAUAUAAAACCUACUAGUCAAAAAAAAAAAAAUCUGUAACUAGAAUCGGUAGUGUAUGCAAAUUGCUUCGCUCGUUAAAGAAACCAAAGAAAAGUGUUUUAACAUGUUUUUACUCGAAAUAAAGAAACCGUUGAUAGAA